UUUGUUGGGUGUUUUGUGUGUGCUCUCUUGUUCUUUUGGCACAAUCUGAUAAACCCCUCCCUCGUAAGAUCUGGGUAAUACACUAAUACUACCAAAGUUUUAUCUGUUUGUAUCUGGAGGAACUCACUCUUGCUCCUGCUUCUUCUUUUGUUUCCUAGCAGACAAGCAGUCAGCCAAGCUAGUGUUGGAAGCUAUCAACUGGUGGGAUAACCGGAGUUUUUAGCUUCCAAAAGCUAGUUUUUGUGUCCACUAAGCCAAGAGAAAAUCCUUACCCUUAACACCCCACCCCCACCACCCCCAAUCCCAAUCCCAAUCCCAACCCCAACAUCAGCAUAUAUUCAUUUUCCUUAUGCUAGUCAUGUCUGCAAAUAUGUUUACAGUUCCCCCUUCAGUCAAUGGCUUUUCUCCAGAGCCAGCUGAUACGAACCCUACUAGCAGUAAUUCCAAUCCCAAAUCCAACUCCACCACCACUAACCCAGCUGGCAAAAAGAAGAGAAAUCUACCAGGAAACCCAGAUCCAGAUGCUGAAGUUAUUGCUCUCUCGCCCAAGACCCUUAUGGCAACGAACAGAUUCAUAUGCGAAAUUUGCAACAAGGGUUUCCAAAGAGAACAAAACUUGCAGCUUCAUAGAAGGGGGCACAAUCUUCCAUGGAAGCUUAAACAAAGGACUACUAAAGAGCAAGUGAAGAGGAAGGUGUACAUAUGCCCAGAAAAGACAUGCGUCCACCACGACCCGUCUCGAGCACUCGGGGACCUCACCGGGAUAAAGAAGCACUUCAGCAGGAAGCACGGGGAGAAGAAGUGGAAGUGUGAGAAAUGUUCAAAGAAGUACGCAGUUCAAUCGGACUGGAAAGCUCAUUCUAAGACUUGCGGGACUAGAGAGUAUAAAUGCGACUGUGGAACGCUCUUUUCCAGAAAAGACAGCUUUAUCACGCAUAGAGCUUUCUGCGAUGCCUUAGCUGAAGAAAGUGCAAGAAUUACUUCUGUUGCGGCCAAUAAUUUCAACUUCAAAACUGAUCAGCAGCAUUUAAAUGGUGGUGCUCUGCUAAAUCAUCCGGGUAGUUUUCCUCACGGACUGAGCGGUCCGUCUGGGAUUUCACAAAUUGGGGUAGACUUUGCAACUGGAAAUCAGCUCAAGCCUAGACUUUCAUUGUGGUUGGAUCAAGCUAGCAAUCCUCAGCUCAAUCACGCUGAUAUGCCCCCAAGCCAAAAUCUUUACAUGCCCUCGGCUUCACACCAUGACAUCAUGCAAAUGUCGUCGGCUGCUGAUGUCUUUGGCAAUUAUGGCAUGCCUUGGCAGCAGCUGGAAAAGAGUAGCGCACCACCGUCAUCAGCAUCAUCGUCUUCCGCAGCAAAUCUCUCCUUAUCGCCGAUGAUGCCCCAGCAAGUCUUAAAGGAUGAGGGAGCCGGAGGCAGCAUUAACACCCAAACCCUUUCUUCUUUGUACUCCCCUAGUGCUGCCAGUAACAAUGAUAUCAGUCAUUCAAAAUCUUCGGCGACGCCAAUGUCGGCCACUGCCCUUCUCCAGAAGGCAGCUCAGAUGGGGUCAUCUAAAAGCACCGCAGCAAUCUUCGGCAAUGGCUUCGGCAUAAUGAACCCCUCCUCUUCGUCGUCUUCUCCUGCUGUUGCUGCUAAUAUGAUUGCCCCAGCAGCUUUUAGCAGUGGUUUAGCGCAAAAUAGGACAGAGAUGAUGCAGGUUUUCGGGAAGCAAACGGACAAUAUGAUGGGCGGGGGUUCGAAUAUGACUUCGUCAACCAGUUCCACGUUAACCAAUAAUCUGGAUCAUCAGCCCAUGGUGCAAACCAGUACUGUCGCAGACAGCCAAACUGUGGCUUCCUUGGGCGGUUUUCAUCGUCACCCGGGAUUCAAUGCAGUCGUCGAACACGCAAGUCUAACCAGAGAUUUUCUUGGAAUGGGUGGAGACGGCGGACGUCCUUUCUUGCCACACGAGCUUGCGAAAUUUGCCUCAAUGAGUUCAGCCAUGGGUUUGGGGCAUUUCAGCAGCAAUCACUAGCUAAGAAUUAUAAAUGCUUCCUUUCUUUUGGGUUCUGCUUUUCUUUUUAUUAUUUUUUUUCCUUUUUUUCACAAUCGUUUCGUGUCUGGAAGUCAAAACUAAUAAUGUAAAAAUGGCUGUACGUACUUGGUACAACUAGAAUGCAACCUUACCUUAUGAUCAGGUGGCCUAUAUAUUCACCAAAAUGUACAGGCCAGGGUGAGCUAGAUUUGUUGAUAA